CCGCCGUGAGCCGUCGACACCGCGAGCCGGGCAGCGGUAGUCAGACGGUGGUUGGCGGCCGGAGAGAGUGAACGUCUGGGUACGGCCGCUCCGUCGCUAAGUCACUCAGUCACACGCUCGCGCGCUGCUAGAGUGCCGUCGCUCGCCUGAUAUCGCCGCAAUGGUGUCUCCAAACAUUUGCGAAUCCUAGAAAAGACUUGUGAUGGCAGGAUAAUCUGGUGUGGCAGACAGUGAGCUAACUUUCCGAAGUAUAUAUUACGAGAAGAAAUUAUCGUGUGCAUUGUCUCAGUGAAAAGUGAGUGGAAGAAGUGUCCGCCGACCACAGCCGAUCCCGGUAACAAUUUUCAAAAGGUGACUCGCUACGAACUGAGUUUGCUAAGACAGUCAGCGAACCUGUUGAUUCCUUUGUACUUGUGUAAGCCAACGGCCUUGCUGGGAAGUGUGAUAGCCGAGAGCUUAGUGGUGUAGCUUAGUGAGGGAACGUUUACCUGUCCGCCUGUCUUCACGUGGGCUGCCCGCGGCCCGUACAGGACCUCUGCCGACCCGAGACACUCGGGUGAGGUAAAUGUAAGGCGAGAGGGACAGUGUAUUUGACAAGGUGGAUCCUCAUUACAUGUUAAAUUAUUCGGGGAACUUAAGUCAUCCCGUCAACCUAUUCUCGAGACCCUGGUGGCCUGAAACGAGCAGGUCAGCCACAGUACCCCCUCGGAGCCCUCGCCGUCGAGAUGGUGCAUCAGGUGCAGGUACAGGAACGCGCCCCGCGGAAGAGGGAUCGGCGCACCGCGGGGCUCAUGCUGAACCCAGGAGGCGGCCCGGACUUGCCAGGCAUCAGAGGCACAGACUUCAAAGGGGAGCUGCAUCCUCCCCCGACCAAAAUCUCCCGCCUGGGCAUGUACGAGACCUACCAGCCCUGGGUCCUGCAGACGUACGGAGACUCGGCAAAGACCAAGACCAUAACACGCAAUAAAUACCAACGCAUUCUCCAGAUCCUCCGCGGAGAUUACGUCGAUAACGAGACCUCCAAAUUCAAGCUGUGGGUGAAAGGAAGAGGCUUUCGCAUCGGUCCCCCGCCGGGCUACCUGAACGGGGGCGUGGAGGACCCCAUCAUCACGCAGCUCACAACGCCGCCGUCCCUCGACUACAACCCGGACAAGGAUCCCUAUCCAGACAUCUACGUCCAGACCGGCACUGUCAAGGUAAGCGUGGAUUCUUUCUUCCCUUCGCUUCCCGUCCCGUCCCUUGCCUUCCUCGGGUGGGCGGGCAAGGCGGCGGGCGGUAGCGGAGGCGGCGGCGCGGUCAGGUACACACACACACAGCCACAGGUAAAAUUACAUCCGUGAGUCUUACAGGAGCGGACGUGGUGGUGGUGGUGGGACGGUGGGACUCUUGGAAGGGGAGGAGGAGGAGGAGGGAGAGGAAGGGAGAGCUCGAGGAGGAGAGGGGAGGCGAAGCGAGGCGAGGCAUACUAGCACACACACACCUCAGGGCCCGGCCGUCCCCCGCUCUCGCUCUUGCUCCUCAAGUGAUAAUCGAACACGCUCGCUCAGUGCCUCUUCAGUUUGUUUCGUUUUUCAUUCAUAUUCGUUCGGCGUCGACGGGCGAGGGUGAGACGUAUUGGCGGGGCGGCGGUGAUUACUACUGCCCUCGUGGCGCUCAGCUGACGACAGAAUGGAGGGGGGAGGGGGAGCGGGGUGUUUGAGGGCAGGGGAGGGGGGCGGCGUUUGUGUGUGUGUGUGUGUGUGUGUGUGUGUGUGUGUGUGCGCGUCGCCUCGCUUUGAUGAUUACGCUGGAAAGUGGAGUAUAUGGCAAGAGAGUUUAGCGAGGAAGAAAGGAGAAGAGGAGGAGAAAGGGGAAAAAAAAAAGAGACGUCCUGUAUGUGUGUGUGUGUGUGUGUGUGUGUGUGUGUGUGUGUGUGUGUGUGUGUGUGUGUGUGUGUGUGUGUGUGUGUGUGUGGUAGCAGUGGAGAAAAGAAAGGAGGAACAGAAGAAGGCGAAAGGGUAAGAAAAAAGAAAAAAAGACGGAAGAAAGGUGAUGAUGACUGAGCCGGAGGUGGAGGCGGAGGCAAUGGCGUCAGAGAAGGAGGAAGAGGAGGAGGAGGCGUUGCAUGCAGGAGG